AUGGUCCUGCCUUUUUUGUUUAAACGACGAAAAAGCUUCUACUCUUCUCAUUACACGAGAGAGCGGUCUCCUCAUAAAAGAGACGCUCCUUUCUUCAGGGAAUCACCCGUAAGCCGAAAAGACUCCCCUCAUAGCAGAUCUGGCUCCAGCGUCAGCAGUAGAAGCUAUUCUCCGGAAAGAAGCAAAAGUUAUUCUUUCCACCAGUCGCAGCAUAGCAGAAAUAAGGAUGGGCCUUCCGUAACGUCGUUAAAGGCAUCAAGGGAUACAUCGCCUUCAAGCUCUACCACAGUUGCUUCUUCAAAGGCUGGGGAUGCCGGUGAAAAAGAGCUUGCUGAAGCUGCAAAAAAGUGGGCUGCUGAAAAAUUGGAGAAAACUGAUGAGGGCAACUUACCUGAAAUUUCGGAAUACGAAGCCGGAUCCUCUGCCGUGCUGCACAGUGACCAACCAGGAGAGGCAAAGACUAAUGUAACGGAGGGCACAGAACUGUCGGAGGACAAACAGGGUACUGAGCGCUCAAAAGCAAUAUCAUCAAAAAUCAGAGAGGUUGAGGAGAGCUUCCUGAGAUCAGUUGGGGCCCGGGAGGAGGGGACGCCGGCGGACAGCUCGGAGGAGGCGGCAGCGGCUGUCCAUCAUUUGGCCGGGGUCAAAGAGUCCCGCCGGCGGCGGCCACGCCCUCUUAAAGAGGCCACGCCCACACGGAGGCCCGUGACGUCAUCCAGGCCGCUCAGCGGCGCGCCGGCCACGCCCCCCUAG